AUCCGUUGAGUUUCCACCACACCGUGUACUUUUUUCCCUGGAGAUUUCCUGUGAAAGACUGAGUUAACUCUCUUUUGGAUAGGCUCUACUAACCAUGGAAAAACCGCAGGCCCAGGGGACACUAUAAAAGGCCACGGACCUGCCCGCCCAGUGACCCCCAGCUGAAGCCAUGCGGACGCUCCUUCCCUCCAGCUGCUGCUCCCCCGCCAGGCUCCACCUGCUGCUCUCUGCGCUCUUCUUCUUGACCCUCUUAUCCCCAGUAAGAAGUGGUAUGGGUUCUGCGCAAAACCACUGUCUCAAUCUGGAAGGCAUUUGCCGAAGAGACACCUGCAGAACAACAGAGGAUAUAAUCGCCUACUGCAAGAGAAGGUGGAAAUGCUGUCGCUCAUGGUGGAUUCUCAUACCCGUUCCAACGCCUGCUAUCUAUUCAGACUAUGUAGACCCCGUUAAGCCUAAGAUAAAAUGAAACUUGGAAAAGCAUCAAAAAUGAAACAUGCUUGUGUCUAAAAAUUUUAGAAUAUACACAUUAAACACUGCUGGCUUUAUUAUCAACUUCUAUCAUCUCUUGUCAAUAAAUAACUAUAUAUUGAUUUCAAAUCAACCCGAA